GUAUGCAUAGAUUUUCCUAAUUUGUAAAGUACCGAGAUGGUACAAUAUACGUUUUCAUAUCUAUUGUAGUGUGCUUGCAGGUGCUUUACAAGGCACAAUAAACCCGUGAGCACUUCUCGCUGCUUUUGCCUACCCCUGCCAUGUGAAUAAUUUACAAGUAGCGCGUGUGAGGGACAAUUAAAGUUGAUGUAAAUCGCGAGACAUUGGGUUAAGCAGAGAUCUGUUGUGUUUUGCAAGUAUUGUAAUCUACAAAAGAGCACCUAGAUGGAUGUCAUUGAGAUUGUCCACUAUAAGCAUACGUUUGACUUCCAACCUACGAGGCAGUGUGUUAGCUUAUCUAGUAGUAUCUCCAGCCUCGUAUUCCUUGUCUGCGUGACCUCUGGCCUAUAGGACUAAGCCAACACUACUACCAAAGCUAAGCUGGUCACUACAUGUUUCGGUCCCGCAAUGCUCGAGCAGUUCGACUUCGUGCUGUAUUGUCUACAUGCAUGCAAUGCAUCGUUGCUCUGGAAGACUAAUAUGGAAACUGCUCGAACACAUUCGAUGAUUAUUGCAUCGUAUAUUACGGAUCUUUCCAUUUCAUUCAUGGUCCACCAGAGGCAGUGUGUUGUCGAACACCACAGUACCUUCAGCCGCGUAUUCCUUGUCGUCGUGACCUGUAUGGACGAAGCCAGUACCCAAGCAAGCCCAUCGCUACUUGACUCGGUUGGCACCCGAGAUCGCGCCUUCCCCAUUGUUACCCACGCCGAGCCACACGAUAGUCGCUUCGCAUGCGUAGCGCAGUCAUGGCUAUGCCUAGCGAAAACCCUGCAUCACUCGAUGCGACGGGCGAAGGCGAAGGCAAAGUCGCUGUUGUACAUUCGGAUGCAGUGCGGUCCGAAAACAUCUAGAACAAACGAAAUAGCUGCACCGCCACCCUCAACGCGCUUACGCCCGUUGACCCAGCACAACAACGGCGGUCGGUAACAAGAAAGGGAGGAAAAAAAAAGAGUACGGUGCAUUCCAGCACCGUGGCACACGCGCAACGGAUGCGCGAAAAUAGAUUUAAAC